AUGUUUCCCGUUGGCCAAGGGAAAUAUGAAUGUUUGAUUAAUGAGUAUGACCAUUCACAGCCAGAUCCUAAUCUAAGAGGGACCCAGAAUCUUCAGAACAAAAAAGGAGUAUGGGAUCAUAUCCAAAAUUUGGACCAGUUUUUCUCGGAUAUUUACAAAUAUCAUCAGAGUGGGGGUUUCACUGUGAUUCUUUUGACGCAAAUAUUAUGGCUCGUUAAAUUCAUAUUUGUCAUUUUUAUUACAAUCGAAUUAUCUGUAUGCACAAGAUGGAGUUACUUAACAAAUAGCAGUUUAUUUGUUCAAAACUGGACUGAUGUAUUUCAGCCACCAAAUCAAUGUUGGGCCUCACUACCAUUUUUUGCGUCACUUCUAGUUGUUGGUUCUGUGAUAACAGUUAUAGUUCAAAUCAUAUAUGUUAGUAUUCGAUUAAGUCGAUUUUGGGAAAUUCGACGAUUUUGUACUUAUAUAUUAAAUAUGCCAUCAAGCGAUGUUGGGUUAGCUGAUUUAACAUGGUCUGAAGUACAACAACGUUUACUCCAAUCACAAUGUGAUUUUCAAUUUUGUUCAUACAAAGUUAAUUUAGAUGAAUUAGAUAUAUACAAUCGUAUACUUCGCCAUAAAAAUUAUUUAAUUGCAAUGAUUAAUCAAGAUAUUAUUCCUAUCAGAUUUCGUAUACCAUCUAGUUUAAAUCCCCAAAUGGUUUAUUUACCUGAUGGUUAUCUACUUAAUUUGAAACUUAUCUUGUUUUGGACACCAUGGUCACCUUUUCAUAAUUAUUGGCAACUGAGAGCUGAUUAUAAAUGGGUUACUAAACGUCAUGAAUUGGCUGUUGAACUAGCUACUCGAAUACGUAUUCUUGGAUUGAUCAAUCUUCUUAUGGCUCCUGUAAUCUUCAUUGCUCAAUUAGUAACGUUUAUAUGCGCUCAUGCAGAACGUUUUCGAUAUCAACCAUCUACAUUUUUUGGACGUCGUUGGUCUAAUUAUGCUCGCUUGUAUCUACGACAUUUCAAUGAACUCCAACAUGAAUUUGAAACACGUUUGAAACAAGCAUAUAUUCCAGCUUCUCGAUAUCUUGAUAGUUUUGUAUCACGACCACUUACAGUUUUAGCUGAGUCAGGAGCUUUUAUUUUCGGUGGUGCUUCAGUAGCUUUUUUUAUUGCUGGUCUUGUAAGUGAACAAAUGAUCCAUCUGCCUGGUUAUUUAGCUAUACUAGUUGGUGGUGGCUUGUUGGCUAGAUUAUGUCUUUCAUUAAUUCCAGAUGAGAAUGUGGUCUAUUGUCCGCGUAAUUUAUUAGUGUCAACCUUGAUGCGUAUUCAUUACAUGCCAGAUCAUUGGAAAGAACAAGCUGGCACACAUCAAGUGAGGUCAGAAUUUUCACAAUUGUUUCAGUAUCGUAUGGUAGGUCUAUUGGAAGAGUUAUUUUCACCAAUUAUUACACCUUUAAUUCUUAUUUUUAUUCUUCCUAAUCAUACCCUCGAAGUUGUUGAUUUUCUUCGAAAUUAUACUGUUGAAGUCCCUGGCGUUGGAGAUGUAUGCAGCUUUGCACAGCUGGAUAUACGCCGUCAUGGUGAUCCUAUGUGGCAACCAAAUACAGAAAGUAGUGGUGACGAUCAAAGUGAAACAGAUAAUGAUGAUCAUACAAAUGCAAUUCACUCUUGUUCGAGGGAAACUAUCAGAUCUAGUAAACGGGUAGAAGAGAUAACUCCAUCAUAUAACUCUAAUGAACAGAAUGAAAAUACCGUACAAACUAAUCAUGGUGAUUCAAUCCAACACAGUGCUGCUGGUGGUAAAAUUGAACUUAGUCUUAUGCAUUUCCAUCUUACUAAUCCAUCUUGGAGACUUCCACCCGAUGGUUUGGCUUAUCUGAAAUCAAUCAGGAACCAAGCAUUAUUGGACCUACAACAACAACAUUUAGAGCAAUUCCAAGACUCUGGCAAAAAUAAUACUCAAACUGAGAAAAUUACUUCACAACCAACCUCAGGAAUGUUCUCAACUCUGUAUGGAACACAAGAAAGUGCAAUGACUAGUAUAUAUCGAAGUACACACCCUCAUCUUCCCAAUGCACCAUGUAUUGAAAGUUCAGGUGUCCUGAAAAAUGUUUCUCAUCUACCAGGUUCUGGACUACGAUCUGAAAAUACCUAUGGUGUUAUAGGAGCUAUGGCCGAAUCUGUGAGAAGUUCAGGAUCUCAGUCAAUGUAUCGUUCAGGUUCCAAUCUCCGUGAACCUCAAGUGCUAGAACCUAAUGUAAGAAGAGUUUCUCAUAGUGAUAGUGGUACUAAUACAUUACCAUUAUGUACCAAUUACAAUGUUGCAAAGAUUUCUCCAGAAACUAAUGUGGUGCCACAGAAACCUAAUUCAGAAAUGAUUAAAUCUCAAUUUGGUCCAGCCGUAUUUAAUUAUUCUAUGCUUGAUGGACCUACACCUAUAACCAUGAGCUUGAUGGCAGCAUCAGCACUGCAUUCUGCUGAUAACAUGGGUCUUCCUUUUUACCAACCUUAUAAUUCGCAGAUCGAGGAUGGUUUAAGUCAGCAUACUGGUUUCAAUAACAGUCUGAUUGGAAGUGUAGGAGGCCGCCGCUGCACAGUAACUGACGUACUGACAGCAGACAUGUCAGUAAGUGCUCUUUAUAUUCAUGAGCUUUUCCAUAGAAGACGACAACAACGACAGAACCACGAUUCAAGUCGGGGCUAUAGUUCACAGCGUGGUAUGACAGGUAGUACUCCUGGUGCUAAUCCUGGAAACAAUGAAACUUUUCCCUCUGCACAGUCAUCAAACCCACUAGGUGUAGGUGUUUACUCUACAUCUGGAUAUUUACCUAGUUAUCAGUUGCCACAUGUUUCAUUUGCUCCGACUACAUUUACUAAUAACUCAGCCACUAUACCAGAAUCAAGAAAUACUAUUGAACGUGGUUCUCUUUAUCCCACCUCACCGUCUUGUGAGCCUGGUAUCAUUAGAACGCCUUCAGAUGGACGCAGAAUACCCUCAGCACAUUUUACUGAUGUCACAGAAGAAGAUGAUGAAAAUGUUGGGACACCUAGAUCAUGUAGAGAUACAAACGUUUCUGCCUAUAUAACAGGAAGUGAGUCACAUAUAAUUCGUUAUCCAAGUGGCCAAAUAACUACAGGGGGUGGUAUCAUUACUCUGUCAGGUAGUCCAUCAGUACGACCUCAGCAUGGUCUGUCAUAUCAAAAUAUACAACAAACAAGUGACCCAAGUUUGGGUUCAGUUCCUAAUAUUGACAGUGAUCCAAUAUGGCCUGAUUUGCCUCCAACUAAUUGUUAAUCUUAUUAAUAUACACACAAAUCGGUGUUUGUGUGUUCAACUGUGUAAAGCGGUAACUAGAUAUGGUUUUAACGUCAUCUAACCUACCCAAUCAUUAAUAAGAAUAACAAUGAAGUGAAUUACUAGUUUAUUUUAAACAAGUUUUUAAACACUCAAUAACACAUGCAUCCAUUCAUAUUUCUUUACUUUAUAUUCGCUUAAUUACCUUAGCUAAGGCGUAUUUCAACGUAUACAAACUACCCAAUUAAAAUUACGUCCACAUUAGAUUGAAC